GCAAUCGCGACCGGGCCCCAUAGCCUCUGACCCCGCGUUGCAGUGGGGGUGACACGAGCAGCAGCCUUCUCCGCAUCCUCACACAGCAGCACCACCGAUCUCCAGGAAGGUUUUUCCAAUCCAGAAUCCUCUGCUGAUAUCUUCUAUAUAAGAGAAUUCUCCUGGAUGACCCAUCAACCAUGGAGAGAGACAGCAACAAGAUGGCCGACAGGAUAAUAGACCUCACCCUACAGAUACUCUUCCGGCUUACUGGAGAGGAUUACACAGUAGUGAAGAAGUCCUCUAGUGGGCGCUGUCGGGCCCCUGUGUGUGAAGGAUGGGGAAGAACCCUGAGCCCAAUCCCGGGGCCCCCACCUCACUCCCUGAUACAUGAGGAAAUGGAUGAACAGAAGAUCCUAGAACUGAUCAACAAGAUGAUGGAGCUGCUGACUGGAGAGGUUCCUAUAAGGUGUCAGGACGUGGCGGUGUAUUUCUCCAUGGAGGAGUGGGAGUAUGUAGAAGGACACAAGGAUCAGUACAAGGAUCAGGUGAUGAUGGAGGAUCAGCAGCCCCUCACAUCAGCAGUCAGAUCCAGUAAGAGAACAGCAGCAGAGAGGUGUCCCCGUCCUCUUCUUCCACAGGAUGAUCAGGGUGAAGAUCCGAACAAUAUUAAUGCUCUAGAGACAGAUGUGAGCGGUGAUGAGCAGUAUAAGGAGGACAUUCCUACAGGAAAAGAUCUGAUCUCUAUUAAUGCUACAGACAUAAAGGAAGAAGAAGAAGAGACAGAUGUGAGCUGUGAUGAGCAGUAUAAGGAGGAUAUUCCUACAGAAAAAAAUCUGAUCUAUAUUAAUGCUAAUUAUGCUACAGACAUAAAGGAAGAAGAAAAGACAGAUGUGAGUGGUGAUGAGCAGUAUAAUGAGGGCAUUCCUACAAAGAAAGAUCUGAUCUAUAAUAAUGCUACAGACAUAAAGGAAGAAGAAGAGACAGAUGUGAUCGGUGAUGAGCAGUAUAUGGAGGACAUUCCUAUAGGAAAAGGUCUGAUCUAUAUUAAAGCUACAUAUAUAAAGGAAGAAGAGACAGAUGUGAGCGGUGAUGAGCAGUAUAAGGGGGACAUUCCUACAGGCAACCAUCCAGAUUCUUGUACCAGGAGAUCAGAGGAGAAUCUUAUAUCUUCAGAUUAUAAAGCAGAUGAUGAUAUCACACAAGAUACAUAUGAAGAACAUUCCAUUAUCCCAGAUACACCCUCAGCCCUUCACAGCCAAGAUCUCUCAUCUCAUCCUUUAAAAACGGUCCUAUCAUCUGAUUCAUCACAGCAAAAUAAGGAUAAGCCAUUUUCAUGCUUAGAAUGUGGGAAAUGUUUUACUUUGAAAGCCAGUCUGGUUAAACAUGUAAGAACUCACACAGGAGAGAAGUUAGUUUCAUGUCCAGAAUGUGGGAAAUGUUUUACUCAUGUUUCAGAACUUGUUAUACAUCAAAGAAUUCACACAGGGUACAAGCCAUUUUCAUGUUCAGAAUGUGGAAAAUGUUUUUCUCAGAAAUCAAGUCUUGUUCUACAUCAUAAAGCUCACACAGGAGAGAAGCCGUUUGCAUGUUCAGAAUGUGGGAGAUGUUUUACCCAGAAAUCACAUCUUGCCAAACAUCAAAGAAGUCACACAGGAGAGAAGCCAUUUUCAUGUUCAGAGUGUGGUAAAAAGUUUACUGACAAAUCAAAUGUUGCUCAACAUAAAAAAAUUCAUACAGGAGAGAAGCCAUUUUCAUGUUCAGAAUGUGGGAAAUGUUUUACUCGGAGAUUAUAUCUUGUUAAACAUCAAAGAACUCAUACAGGAGAGAAGCCAUAUUCAUGUUCAGAAUGUGGGAAAUGUUAUAAUGAUAAAUCAAUACUUAUCAGACAUUUAAAAACUCACACAGGAGAGAAGUCCUUUUCAUGUUCAGACUCUGGAAUGUAUUUUGCUCAGAAAUCAGAUCUUGUUAAACAUCAAAUAACUCACACUGGAGAGAAGCCAUUUGCAUGUUCAGAAUGUGGAAUAUGUUUUACCCAGAAACCACAUCUUAUCAAGCAUCUAAGAAUUCACACAGGAGAAAAAGACAAUUCAGAGCAAUAA